AUGGGGCUCCAUGCCUCCACUAACAUCCUAAUUAAGAAGAGAGAGAAUCGGCGACGCCAACGCUGUCCUCCCUCGGGAACACCGUCGCAUCCUCCCAUACAGGGCAGCGUUGCCCCCCUCGUCGUCCUUUCGUCCUCUCCGCCUUCUCUCGCCCUGUUGCCUGUCCCGUCCGACGUCCCGUUUACCUUCUUCCGUACUCUUCGCCUUCUCCCACCCUGUUGCCUGUCUCGUCGGCCAUCCCGUCCGCCUGUUCCCUUCCGACAGCCCAUAGGACUGGGGCGUGGCGUUGUGCCGUCGGUCGUGUGGGCGGCGACUUUUCCUCCACCGCACGUUCUCGGCGGUACAGCCCAGUGUGGCUUCUUCCUACGGUCCGAUCUGGAGGCUGUUCUAAAAUCCAUCUAUGAAACAAUAUUUUCUCCCGAAAAUGAUGAAACUGGCGCACACUCUCAACAGGAAACUCUGGAAGUAUUUCUCAAUGCGGCAACAUUUUCAAAACAAAUUGAAGGAAGAACUGAAAAGUUCAUGUCUCUAGCAGAUUUUAGAAAUUGGUGCAAUCUUGUGCCAUCUGUGAGGAAGUUCCUAGGAAGUUUGCUGCUGCCGCCUGAUUCAGGCAGGCCAAGCUUUCAAGUUCCACAGCUUGAGCAUCCUGAGAAUUUCUCUUCGGAGCAGCUAAUUUUGAGAAAAGAAUAUGCUUGGCAUAUUGGGGGAGCUCUUUCUCAGAAUGAAGCUGAAGAGUGGAAGCUUUUGUAUCAUAGUGCACUUAAUGGCUUAAGUUUCAACACCUUCUUGGGCAACAUAGCGUGAGCACCUAAAGUUACCUUGUCGCUUUUUGAUCUGUUUGAUUUUGAACGCUAGAGGCAAGCCCUAUUAGGGGGCGUGGUGUUUCUUGGAUACUGAUAUAUGAAACUGUUACUUUCACUUA